CUUUCUAUUCACCGCCAUCAAUCCUCUUUCCCCAACCUUCCCCAAAACCCAACAAAACCCAACAUUUAGCAGUUUCAGAAAAACCAAAGAAAAGAAAGAAACGAAAGAAAGAAAGAGGGAAACAGGGAAGGGGAAAUCAGAGAGGGAGGAAGAGAGCGCCGGGGAGGAGCCGCCGCCACACUACUGCCGCGCUGCUCAGUACCGUGUCCCGCUCGCUGCCGCGCCGUGCUCAGUGUCGUCGUCGCCGUGCGCUGCUGCACCACGCCUCGCCGUCGGAGCCGGAAACGUGACAUUCUGAUAGUGAGGGUGUUACAAUUAUUACCUUCUCUAUCUUUUAUUUUCGUAAACCUGUAGAAGAAGUGAAAUUCAACAGCAGCAUGAAACAACCACCAGCAAUACCCUAUAAUCUCAGAUGUCAUGGUCGUGUAGUCGGCGAGCGCUAUUUGAGGCCCAGACAAGUCUUGGUUGAUCAUAGCUCCAACAAACCAGUCUCGGUCAAUCAUAGCUCCAAGAAACGUCGACCCAGACGCAGACAAAAGCCUUGUGAUCCCCCUUUACCUGAAUGUGAUAAAGACGAAGAGCCCUCUUUACCUGAAGGUGGUAAUGAUGAAAAAAAGGAAAGGAACAUGUUUGUUCUAGGCGCUAAGAGAGGCACUGAACCUGUAGAAGAAUAUCGCAGGAAAGCGAGAAGGUAUUUUAUGGAGACUAUGUUUCCUUAUCCAUUAGCUGCAAUGAAACACUACAACCAUGGACUAAAAGAGGAAGAGCAAUACGAGGUUAUUGAUACUCGUGAUAGGCUGUGCUGUUAUUUCAAGAAACUUGGCUAUAUACGGCUACUGCACUUUAUAGCUGAGCCUAAAUAUACUAAAAACAUGCCCAAUGCAUCAGAGGAUACCGCUAAGCAAUUUUAUGCCCGGAUGCAUCAAAUGCCUAAUCGUGAAACUCAUGUGGAUUACUGUAAACUGUAUGAAGGACCCCCACAACCUGGUUUCCAGGCUAGCCAAGAAGUCAUUCCCUUGUGCUGUGAAACUUGUGGUCUUAAGGAUCUGGAAGCCCUUGAGUCAAAAUCAUUGGAAUUGAGUGCUGAAGGUGAAGGAGGAGAGGAGGAGUAUUGGAAUGGUUAUCACACCGGCACUCCUCCAAAAAUUAUUGUGGCACGCAGAGACCCAGAGGUCAUAGCGAGACAUGCCAAGCUGAGAAAGAAAAAACGUUGAAUGGAUCUUAGAAGAAUUGAACAACUAAUGUCCAGUCUGUUCCUUUGGCAAGAUUUCCUUGUUAACCAAUGUUGUUUACUGAGAAUACUGUCUAACUUGAUUACAUUUAUAUAAACUGUGAUUUUGAUGAUGCAGGGUUGCUGAUUGGCAAGUUUCUUGUUCUUUUGAUAGAUAUAUCAUUCUAUAUGGUAUACAACUGAUUCAUUUCUUUUUGAGCCACUUUGUGGAGACACCCUUUUCUUGUCUCCAAAAAAUGUUGUACAUAUAAGUUGAUAGACUUGGAAGAAAGUUGUGUAACAUUGUUACAUCAUAAGGGAAAUAGGGUCCUUGUUUUUACUUUUGGGAGAGUAAAAAAAGAAAGGGGAGGGUUAUACUUAUUUUUAUGUCUUUGCCAAAUUUGAACAAUAAGAGUGAGAAUCAUUUUGUCA